CACGGAAGCGGUAGGUACAAACUGAAAACAGUGCGAUGUUUGGACUCGUCGGGAAAAAUAAACCUGUGAAAAUUAGGAGUUGUAAUGAAAACAGAAAGUAUGGAGUUGCAGCAAAAGAUGUGAAGGAGUUGCUUAAAAAAGGCUGCAAGUUAUUACAGUUGCCACUUUCUGGUGCACAUAUUUGUUUGUAUGAGGAUGGGACAAAAGUGACGGAAGAAUUCUUUCCGACUCUGCCCGACAACACUGAACUUGUUCUUCUCUGCAGAGAUCAGACAUGGAGUGGAGUUGUGUGCGACAUCGGUCAGUUACUGAGCACAGACCGGCACGCCGAUGGCCUCAUUGAAGCUGCGAAAGGGCUCCUGUCUCAUGAGCGCUCUCCUAAGAGGCGUAAAAUUCUGACUGACCUGCUGCUGAACCUGGAGGACAGAUCUGAGCUGGAGAGCAGAAAGGAGGAUGAGGACUGGUUCAGAGGUGUUGAUGCUCGAUUCAAGACAAAGUCUGCCUACAUGAAGUUCAACUGUGAAAACAGGAUACGAGGCUACAUGAAGGAGGUGGAUGAUGCCAUCAAAACCAUACAGAAGACUAAAGUCAGGGCAGAGUUUCUGAAAACAUCAAAGUGCCUGGGGGAAAUGCUGAAGGAAGCAAGGUACAAUGGCUGCUACUUUGACAGGACCGAAAAGGAGCCAGAUCGCCUCUGUACUCGGGAAGGAUGGUUUACCUGCCAGGGAUCAUUUGACCAGGAACUGUGCCAGUCCCUCCACUCCAUCAACCCCUACGGCAGCCGGGAGAGCAGGAUCAUCUUCAGUACGUGGAAUCUGGACCACAGGAUUGAGAAGAAGAGGACGGUCAUUCCCGCUCUGGUGGAAUCUUUACAGAAGCACAAGAGCGCUGACGUCAACGUGAACUACUUCUACCGCCUGCUGUUCACCAGGGAAAACCUGAAGCUGGUUCACAUCGUGUGCCACAAGAAAGGAGCUCACAACCUGCUGUGUGACACCAAGAUGAUGUUUAGACAAGCCAGUAACACAGACAAAGGAAAACAAAAGGCCAAAGGGAAGAAGAGGCGCUUGGUGUGAAUAUUUUAACUCUUACUUUUAUGAAAAAUUAGUGUUUGUAUUAAUUUAUAUGAACUGUGACAACAUAAUGUUAAUUACACUUAUAAAAUCUGUGAAUAAUUCUCAGGUCCACUGUAGCAAGAUCAGAUCGACAACAAGGUGACUUAAGUCUUUUUACCUCACUUGAUUUUCUUUAACCCAUUUUGUUAUUCUGCUUUCUGAACCAGUGUAGCCUGCAGGACUUUCAUACAGACGGCAGUGGUUUGUUAGACAAUUAAAAACACUUACAGAAACCUUGAAAUCAUGAAAAACAUUUAUUUGUUCUUUGUGUUGGCACGGUGAUGUAAAAUACAUGAAUCGAUUACAAUGACUGCUAAAUGUACGAGGCAUUCACUCAGAAAGUUGCAUAGGAGAAUAUGAAAAGCAUUUUGCAUAAAUAAGGCAGUAAAAAUAUAUAAAACAUUUGAUUGGAUGGUCAGAACAAUCAGCUGUAUACAAAAUACUACAACAAAUGUGAAUAGCAAUAGUGCAAUUACUGUUAACUUUCAAAGUUAGAUGACUAGAUUACAGUUUUAAAGUCAGGUUUAAGUUAUCCUCAGUUUACUUACAAACUGAACACUUAUCAGAAACCGCAAUGUUUUUAGUCCAUGUUUUUUUUUAAUAAUACAUUUUACAUAUAAUUUUGUCACGUUUGCAAAUAUGAACCUAUCAGGAACCUUAUCAGAGAUUAGCUGUUAAGCUAAUAAGAUGUUAAGCAGCUGCCAAAAAGCACACAAAGAUGUGUUGAGGAGGAAUAUUAGACACUUUGUGAACAAUCGUUCUUAUAUAGAAAACUGUUGACAUUCAUCUUAAACACUGAAUGUGAUAUUAAAAGCUCUCAUUAUGGAACUGCU